AUGAACAACACGUCAGGAAAUGAAACCGGAAACGGAAACGGAAACAACGUGCGUCCCACUAUACCUGUCUCACAGCUCACCCAGGUCCUGCGGUACUAUUCAGAAUCGUCUACCAAUGACAUGAGUUAUACCAACAGCAACACGGUUGACCUUCCCAUCAAUCAGCUAAGCAAUCUUUCGUCGGUACAGAUAUCGAUUCCAAACGUCCAACCCCCCAACGACACUCCUGUCCCUCCUCUCAGCUCAACAAACGAAAGAGACUUGAUCGCAUUUGUACUCAUAUUCUUUGGCAUUGCUGUCUUGCAAACAGUAAUUCUUGCCGAAAUCAGUCGACCUCAGCAAGACCUACAGCUUGAAAUGAGUCACAAUAUCGUCGAAGGCCGGCGAGAAUUUCACGAAUUUCUGACGUCUACAUUCCCGAAUAUAUUCCAAGCGGUCCUGGGAGUUCCCCAAGAAGUCCAACAAGGCGCCCGGGAAGAACUCCAAUAUAUACACCGAAGCAUUCAAAACCUCCAAGACCUCCCACAAGAUUUCGUCCAGCUCUCUUUCGACCUCCGCGAAGCCAUCCAAGCGCAAUUUACCGAAAUGUUCGGAACUGUGGAAAAAGGCCUACAGAGAGGAUUUGACCAGGUCACGGAUGACCUCAAUAAAUACCAGGCCGAAUUCAGACAGACCUGGGCACAGGAUGGAGUCCCGCCUCUGUCGCGUGCAAACACCCCCGAAGCGGGCGACCAAGAUAUAUUCUGGAGGGAAACCUGGACGGAGAUGAAAGAUGAUUUCAAACGGACAGUAGAAGGUUUCAAUAGAAACCUACUCAUGCUGAAUGUGGUUAUCGAUGCUUUCCAUGACCAGUUCCAGAGGCUUCCGACUAUGAUGGCUGAUGAACUGACGAGGGCAUUCAAGGCGGAGAUCAAAAAGUAUGAGAUUGAUAUCAAGAUUGAAAAUGCGAAUUCAAGUGCAGCUGUUGAUACUGAUCGAUUGGCCUCCCUGGCGUCGAAUUCGCGGACGAACGGGACCGAGAUGGAUCUUCAAGAGAGUCCAGAGAAUCCAAUCGUUUCGGGUCAUCGUGUGCAAGAAGUCGAGACGGGGCCGGAGGGAAGUCCUGAGCUGCCGAGAUCUGAACCACAGGGUCUUCCUUCGGACGAACCGGAGUUUGAGCAUUCGGAAUUUGUACUGUCAAAUGCAGUAGAUGCAGGUUUGCAAGUCGAUGGAGCGGAGUAG